AUGAAGCUUUUCGCCGUUAUACCAGUCCUCGUGACUUUAGUGACCAAGGCCACUGGCUCGCCCAGCAAUCGACUACGCAUGCUCAAUCAAAGCCAACUGCAAGGCGAGGGGUGUAAGCUACUUCGUCGAGCAUGUCCGGGAGGUCACGUCUGUUCGGGGGUCUAUUAUCUGCCAGAUGCUACAGGACCUGUAUUCAAAGCAGUAAUGAGUGCCCAAGGGGUCUUAAGUGUGAAACUGGGCUAUGCGUUCCAGGCAAUUAGCAAAGACCUGCAUCAAGAAGUGCUAUCAGUAGCAUGA